UAUUUUAUAGUUUAAAAAUUGUGUCUUCUCAUAAUUAUCACAAGAAAAACGACGAUAUCGAAGAAUAUUAUUGUAAUCGCUAAAUAUAUUACACUACUUAAUAUAUGCACGUAAAUUGUAUACUUAACGUCGUAUAUUAUCGAUAUUGUUAACGUGAUAGAUUUAAAAUUAAGACAUAUAAUAAAAUGUGCAAAAUUAUUAUUUUAAUAGUGGUUUUAGUUCUUAUUAGUUCGUGCAUACAACAAUCGUCAAGUGCAAGGAUAUUGGCCGUGGAGACAGUUGGAGGUAAAAGCCACUGGAAUUUCAUGAGUGGUAUACUACAGGCAUUGGUAAAUAACAAACACAAUGUCACCGUCUUUACACCGUUUACCGACGGCAACCGCGAAAACUAUACCGAAGUGGAUACAACUCUAGGAGGGGCUAUACAAUUUAUGGAUAUGGAUUUAGAACAAAUGAUGACUAGUAUGGUUACAAAGACAGGUGAUUUUGUGAUGAUGAGUAGAAUGCAGUGUGAUCAAGUGUAUAAAAAUAGUAAAAUGAAAGAAAUAUUGAGUAGUGAGCGCACAGAUUUCGACCUGCUCAUUAUUGAAUUCUUUGCGUCAGAUUGUGUGUCAUACAUUGCAACUAAGUUCAACUUGCCUUUAAUUUACGUCACGCCAUUGCAGGCUAAUCCCUUUAUGGAUCGCACAAUCACUGGUCAUGUCUCAAGUCCAUCAACGGUCACAGUAAUGUUUUCUUUGUAUUCCAUUUCUAAAACUUUCAUUCAGAGAUUAACACAUAUUUUUUUACUAAUUCACUUCAAAAUUGUAAAAGCGUACAAAGAAUUGAUUCUGAAAUACAGUAAACAAUAUGAUUUCAUCGAACCAAUCUCACCUUCUUUAAUAUUCGUAAAUAGACAUUUUAUAACUGAUGCGCCAAGUCCUAUAUCGACAAACGUUAUUAACGUGGGUGGAAUUCAUUUGAAGGCACCUCAAAAGUUACCUGAAGAUAUUUUAGAUUUUAUUGAACAGUCACCACAUGGAGUUAUUUACUUCACUUUUGGUUCGACCAUAAAGAUGUCUUCGAUACCGAAACAUAUAAAAAAAGCGUUAAUGGAAGCGUUCGCAGAAAUUCCUCAAAGAGUGUUAUGGAAAUAUGAAAAUGAACUAGAAAAAAUGCCGAAAAACGUAAUGAUUAAAAAAUGGCUACCACAACGUGAUAUACUUUUAAACCCAAAUGUGAAAUUAUUCAUCAGUCACGGAGGCAUAUCUGGGGUAUACGAAACCGUGGACGCUGGAGUCCCAGUUCUUGGACUUCCCUUGUUUGGCGAUCAGCAUAGAAAUAUAGAUAAUUUAGUCAAUGUGGGGAUGGCUAUUUCUAUGGACCUCAUGUCUAUAACAAAGGAUAAUUUCUUAAGAAAUGUUUUAGAACUCUUCAAUAAUGAAAAAUACAAGAAAAAUGCUGAAACUGUUUCAAAAAUAUUCAAAGAUCAACCAAUGUCGCAAGCAGAUUCUGUUGUUUACUGGACUGAAUAUGUUUUGCGGCACAAAAGUGCACAACAUUUUAAAUCCCGUGCAUUAAAUCUAAGAUGGUAUCAAUACUAUUUAUUAGAUGUUCUAGCUUUAAUAUUCGUUUUUAUUUCCGUUGUAAUUUUUAUUACCACGAAAGUGUUCAAAUCGAUUUGUGUAAUAAAUAGUUUAAUUUUUUCUAAAAAUUAUAAAUCUAAGCCUGAAUAA